UUUUCUAUAAAGUCUGACUACCUAACUUGGUUGGCAUUGUGGGUAAGAAGCUGGAAGAUCCAGCCCAUUUGUCUCUGCUUCCAUUUGACAGCGAGUCAUUGUAGAGGCAGCUCAUACCCUGAGCAGCGAGAGCGGCCUGGCCAGGCUCCUUCCUCAGGAAGCACACUCAGCCUCUCAGCAUCAAGACAUUGUGGCUUCGAAUUGUGCCUCUGUGUAUCUGUGCAACGUAAGUGUCCAGUGUCAGAGGACAGAGUAAAAGAUGACGAUCUCUUCAAACCACACCAACCUUAGAGAUAUUUGGUAUACCAUGACUGGGAUCCCAGGACUGGAAUAUGCACACAUAUGGAUCUCCAUUCCCAUCUGUUUCAUGUACAUAGUUUCUGUUUUAGGCAACACCAUCUUAUUAUUCCUGAUCUUCACUGAACGCAGUCUUCAUGAACCCAUGUACCUUUUCUUGUCCAUGUUAGCCCUGGCAGAUAUCUUUCUCUCCACAGUCACCACACCAAAGAUGCUAGCAAUCUUCUGGUUCCAAGAUGGGGGUAUUUCUUUUGGUUGCUGUGUGUCCCAAAUGUUUUUUCUCCACUUCAUCUUUGUGGCAGAGUCUGCCAUAUUGCUGGCCAUGGCAUUUGACCGCUAUGUAGCCAUCUGCCAUCCACUAAGAUAUACUACAAUUCUAACCCCCUCAGUCAUUGGAAAAAUGGGCAUUGCAUCUGUGAUCAGGAGUUUCUUCAUCUGCUUCCCCUUGGUUUUUCUGGUUUAUCGGCUUGCUUACUGUGGGAGGAAUAUUAUUCAUCACUCAUAUUGUGAACAUAUGGGCAUUGCCAAGCUAGCCUGUGAUAGCAUCAAAAUCAACAUCUACUAUGGGGUGAUUGUAGCCCUAUUUUCUACAUGCCUGGAUGUAGUGUUUAUUAUCGUCUCCUAUGCCCUUAUACUCUGUACUGUUUUUAGAAUUCCUUCCCAAGAUGCCCGACUCAAGACUCUGGGUACUUGUGGCUCCCAUGUCUGUGUUAUCCUGCUGUUCUAUACUCCAGCCUUUUUUUCAUUCUUUGCUCACCGAUUUGGGGGCCACCAUAUACCACUCCACGUACAUAUCCUCUUUGCCAAUCUUUAUGUGGUGGUACCACCCACUCUCAACCCCAUCAUUUAUGGAGUUAAGACCAAGAAAGUUCAGGAGAAGUUUGUCCAUGUCUUUUCUGUGAGCAAUAAAUUCUGCUGAUGUAGACUA